AUGUCAGAGAUUGAAUUUCAAGACUACUUAUUAUUCACCUCGUCCUUAGCAUUUGAAGCUAAUAUGGCUACUAUGCAAAGCACGCGAAUAUCUCCACCAGAGGAUGACCCAGUUGUUCCCAGGAGAUCUCCAGCUAGACUAAUCGACAGAUGGAAGUUGCCAUCUCAAAGGUUAAUGAAGACGGUUGCCGAUACCAAGAGCAAGGCAACCACACUUGUGGCCAAUGCCAAGAACCCAGCUCCUUAUAAUUAUGGAAAAACUGGCUGUGUUCCAGAUUCGCCGCUGUCAUUUGCAGAAUCAACUAGCUCAUUUGAAAUGGAAGACGAUGAUGUCAAAGGUAAUGAAAUUGAAGCAUGCUUAUCAUCAAAAUCAGAUACUGAGUCUGUCUUUUCGAAUCCGGGAAGUUUUGCCCCAGAGCCUAAGGAGAUUAUCCAAAGCGAUCAAGCAGAUAACAAUAGCAAUAACUAUCACGAAGACGAUGAGAAGUUUGAAGAGCUACUUCAAGAACUUGAAAGCAUUCAAAUUUGCCAAAUUGAAGAGGUCGUUACAAUGAAACAUGUCAAGGCUGCUAGCGUAGCUCGAGUUGAAAUAACAGCAGCCUCUUCCACACAGCAGUUAUUCUAG